CGACAACUGACAUCAAAGGCAGCAUAAUGGGCUGUCGUCCGAUGUUCUUGCUCGAUGCGGGCGAAGCGAAGGAGCUAAUUCCUCUCAAAAUACUCUUCAUCGUCCACAACUACUGCUAUUCGCUGGUCGCGUAUUUACCGAUCUUCUUCGAAGAGUCCAACUUCACCAAGAGCGAAAUCGGUAUCCUGCUCGCUAUUCCAUGUAUAUGUACGAUCAUCGGGCCUCCGAUGUGGGGGGCGAUCGCCGACGCGCUGCACCGACACAAACAAGUGCACGUAUUUUGUCAUAUCACAUCGGCCCUCUUCAUCUUUGCCAUCCAGUUCGUUAAUUCGUUCCCGCUCAUGUGCGUCACGGUCUUCGCUGCCUAUUGCCAAAUGGUUCCAACUCUCGCAUUACUAGAUCUCGCAGCGAUGAAGCUCACGGGUCGUCAUGGAGGCGACUUUGGUAAGCAGCGCGUGUAUGGUGCCUUCGGUUAUGGAGUCGGCGGCUACAUUUCCGGUAUGAUGGCGUCCGCGGUUGGGAUUAAGUGGUGCUUCACCAUGAUGCUGGGUGUGUCCUGCAUCUCUUUGGCGCUGCUGGUCUUGUAUAUUCCUGCGGGAUACGGAGAUGACAACGAUCAACCUCCACAGAAGGGACUCCUGCGAAGCAGUGUGAAACACAUUAUGCGCCGUCCAGACGUGCUCGUGCUCUUCGUCGUCGCUCUUGUGGCAGGUAUCAGUGGAGGCUUUAUCGAUUCGUACUUAUUUCUCCAAGUGUAUGAUCUAUCCGACGACGGUGCUACCAUUGUUAGCGUGCUCGUUGCCGUGCAAACGUUGUCCGAGAUUCCGCUGUUCUUCAUGUCCAGCGUCUUGAUUGGGCGGUUUGGCACUGCUGGUUGUCUUGUUAUCGUCAUGGUCGCUUUUUUCAUUCGUGACAUUGUAUACACAUACAUGGAGGAGCCAUGGUACAUCGUGCCACUCGAGAUGCUUCACGGUGUUACCUUCGGUUUGCUAUUGGCGUCAUUAACUACCUAUAUCUAUGAUGCAUCUCCGAAAGGUGCAGCUGGUACGAUGAUUGGUCUGCUUUCAGCGUUCAUGCGUGGAAUUGGAGCCGGCAUUGCGUCUCUCGUUGGCGGCUACAUUUACGAUGAGUUCGGCGUUCCGACAGUUUGGAAAAUUGGCGCUUACGGUCUUGUUCCGGCUUCACUUCUUCUUAUUGGCGUAUUUGCAUGGCUGGCUCGUCGACAGUCGUCAACAACGGUAGAUCUGGAAAAACAACUUGUGGAUGAGGCUGAUUCCACGUCUGAACUGAGUAAGGUUUCUCAAAUUCAGUGACUCUGACAUCGUUGCGUUGAGUACGAUGAGGAGGUUAGCUUCAUAAUAAUAAUAUUGUUAGGAGCUUGAUAAGCAACGCAAA